UAACACCCGCAAUGGCAUUCCCGAUUUCGCACGAUCAGCACUACACGUCUGCUCCUUACAGCUGCACUUUCCGUAAUUUCUUGCAGCCCUCGUCUUUUCGCUUCUUUCUCGAAUAUACGAAUGCACAUUUCAUUUCGAAUGAAGGGAACGUAAUGUGAUAAUAAAAAAAAAAGAAUAAAUUUCACGAUUAUUGCACGGAAACGCUCGAUCUUUCUCUAAUUUCGUUUCGUACAUAACCUCUUUAUUGGUGAUUACUACUUUGAUAAAGAAAGUGUACUCGAGCCAAUAAAGGAGAAAAACUUAAAUGGAACAUAAUAUGCAACUUUGUUAAGAAGACACGAAGAAUAAUCUAAAAGACUAGCUAUGUAUAUUUACAGUGGAUACAAUAAAAUGGGUUCAAUAUAAUUGAAAAUAGAAGACUGAAGGUGCUUCAGUCCUCAACUGGAGAGGCAUUUCAAAAGAAUUGCUAUUAUUGCAAUUUCGUUCGCGUAUAGUUUAUUAUGACAUAACGCCCGAUGUAUCCUCGACUCUUGUUGAACCUUUACAAACGAUCUUUACAUCGUGCUUCAAACAGCAUUAGACUGAAUUCACUGAAUAUAAAAACAUUGAGUCAUGCCGCAACGAAAAAGGAAAGCGAAGAAAAGCAACAUGCGAAAGUUGUCUCCGAGAGGUUCCCCGAUUAUAAAAUAAUCUACAUAUUUCCUUUUGUCAAGCAAGUUUGCGGUAUAAACGUUGUAAAACGUCGGGUUACUAUAUUCGCUGCAGCAGCCACGCCUGUGAUCAUUGGACUUCAUCUGGCUGGUAUCUUGCCUCUCGACUUGACUGUCGUGACAAUAACAACUGGAGCUAUAAUGACACUAUGGUUGCAUACCCUUGGACUUUUGUGCAACAACCUCGUAGGAUACGUAUACUUGAAACUGGACGAAAAGAAAGUGAUAUUAUCUUACAUCGACUAUUGGGGGAAGAGGAUAGACUUGGAAACGCCUCUCGACGAGAUCUUUCCCAUGUCAGACAAUCCGAUCAGCAUCACCGAUUCUCUAUACAGAAAAAUAGUGUUUGCCUCGCAAAAGCCGAACUUAAAGAUAAAUAUGAAGUUCGGACGGAUAGUCGACGUUGAAAAUUUUAGAUACGUUCUGGGAAUAAUUUAACAGUUUUGUUGAACUCGUAUAAGAUACUUCCAUAAAGUGUCAUUACGUUUCAGAA